GCUCUGAGACCAGAUUGCAGCAAACCACUGAGCAUCGUCGACUUCAUUCACAUAGGUUAAUUUAGAAAAACACUGAGCAGCGUCGACCUCAAUUACAAAUUGAAAUAGGCCCACUUAGCUAGGUACUUGACCAAAGCAUCUCAAACUAACGUUACCUAGCUAGUUUAGAUAAAUGAAUUGUUCUGUAAUUUUCGCCGGUCAAUAAGCAAUAAAAUACGAACUGUGGUCCUUGUGGGAAUAAUCUCUUCCUGCGGUUGUCAGUGGUUCGCUAGCUAGUUGUCUUUCGUUUCGAGGUCAUCCUCACCAGUGUGUGUCGAGUUAGCUAACGUUACAGCACGCUUUUUAGAGACUAGGCUUGAUUAGGUAACUAACUACACAGCUCGUUAACAAUUUAGCUAACGUUUGUUGAAAGUCGUCUCCAGUUGGAAAAGAGCAGACAUGAAAAAUCUUCCGUAUUUCUGCCGGGGGGAAGUCGUUCGAGGAUUCGGACGAGGAAGCAAAGAACUAGGAAUUCUCACAGCCAACUUCACAGACUCUGUGGUGGAGCUCCUGCCUGGCGACAUCAGCACAGGAAUCUACUAUGGCUGGGCGUGCGUGGACAACGGAGACAUCCACAAGAUGGUGAUGAGCAUCGGCUGUAACCCUUACUACAACAACGCCAAGAAAUCCAUGGAGACUCAUGUGAUCCACACGUUUAAAGAAGAUUUCUAUGGCCAGAUCCUCAGUGUAGUCCUGGUGGGAUACAUCCGUCCAGAGAGGAGCUAUGACUCACUUGAUGCCCUUAUAGCAGCGAUCAACCAUGACAUUGAGGAGGCCAAAAGAAAGCUGGACCUCCCUGAACACCUCAAACUCAAAAAGGACAACUUCUUCAUAGCCUCUGCCAGUUCGUCCAUGACGUCGUCCAACAAGAUCACGAAGGGCCACUGACCUCUAAUCACACAACACAUUCACUCUCGCAUUGCUCAUCACUCGGUAAAGUCGCUGUCGCAAGUAUCCAUCCAAAUGUAAUUUUUCACUAGGACUAGUGACCUGGCCGGCAGAGGCCUUGCUUGUAUUUUAGUGUGGAGCAAACAUGAACCACUGACGUUAAGGAGUGCCACGAUUACUUCAUCAAAAAGAGCCAAGUGAUUUUUCCAAACACUGCUUUGGGUGUUUUCCAUUGCAGUUUGAAUGACUGGGUGGCUCUCCUGUCUGAUAUAUAAAAUAUACUGCCAAUAUGUUACUUGACCAAUUCUAGAGGUUUGAAAAAGUUUGGUGCCAAAUGACAUGAUCCUGGUAAUGUGCAACUCCAGGAAUUGAAUGUCUGUUGAGAGGAGCCCAGUACCACCAAAUCCACUGCUAAAGGUGGCAGGUUGCCUAGUGGUUAGAGCGUUGGUCAAGUAACAAAGGUUGCUGGUUCAAAUAACUGAGCACAUGAGGUGAAAAAUCUCUCGGUGCCCUUAAGCAAGGCACUUAACUCCCACUUGCUCCAGGGACGCAGUACUAAUAUGGCUGCCCCUGGUCAACACUGUUCCCUGCACCUAUCCAGCAUAUGUGACAAAAAGUCCUUUUGAAAUGAAUGGUAAUUUUGUAUUGUUUAGAAUUGUGGUUCAGUCUCAUGGCUUUGCACUUAGUUUUUCCUCCUUUUAAUUUCCAGGUGUAUUCAAAAUGUCUGCCUUGAAGCAGAGAAGUCCUCUAUCUGGCAUUUGGCUGAAUAGUUGCAUUAUACACAGCACUGAAUUCAUCCGCAUUAUUUUAUUUGAGAAACUGAUGUUCUUAUUUGACACAAACUGCAUGGUUGGCUAAAAACAUGCUUGAAUGCAGCUUCCAGUUCUCUGAUUUCCUUAAUUUGUAUAGUUCCUCAUUGGUCAAAUCCAGCAUUCUCCCACCCCAGCAAUGAGGGCCAUUUUUAUUUAACACUAAAGAUUUGUCUGACAUUUUUUAAAUGGGUCCACAUAACUGUAUGUUGAAGUUUCCAGAAUUUCGUUUUUACUAACUUAACCUUGUUUGGACCCUCAUCCCACUGAGAUAAGAGAAGAAUGAAGCCUUGUUCACACUGCAGGCCUUAGUGCUCAAAUCCGUUUUGGGAGUACGGACUGUCCAAACAGCAAGUUACAAGUGACCAAUCAGAUUUGUGUGUUCAGACCGCAGUCAUUUGCUGACAUGGCUACGCAAGUUGUUACUAUGACAACGGGUGCGUGAGCAGUGGGGUAGGCUGAUUUUGUUGGUGGUGCUCCUGCUUCCUGUCACUCAGAAGUUGUGUAGCAAGCUAAGGUGACACCCAUGCCUGCCAUGAACAUUUCCCAGUCGCUUUGAAUGUUCAAAAUCAGUGCAUGAACACUUUUUUUAAAAGCUCAAAGGAUAAGAUGACCCAACUUUCAAAACGAGUCCUUUUUGGCUAGCCCCAGCAGUCAACUAGCUAGCUCUUUAGCGUUCUAGCACAUUUUACUAAUUUGUUUGUAAACCAAUAAGCUAGUUAGCUACAUGUUCUUGUCAAAGUUGGCAAGCAACAAGACAUACCAAAUAAGUGUUAAAAAUAAUAAUAAUAAAAACGAGGGCAAGUACAUCAGAUUUGACCAUUCAGACAAGUCGCAUGGCCCGGAAUCAGAUUGGUAGUUGAUUUCAAACCACCUAUGAAGGUGGUUUGAAAUGUGGCUUCAAAUAUCUGAUUCCCUGUGCUUUUGGGCUGUUCAAACUUUAGAAAAAAAACUUUUCAAAUAUCUGAUUCCCUGUGCUUUUGGGCUGUUCAAACUUUUAGAAAAAAAACUUUUCAAAUAUCUGAUUCCCUGUGCUUUUGGGCUGUUCAAACUUUAGAAAAAAAAACUUUUCAAAUCAGAUAUGCAAAAAACAAAAUGGAUUUGAGUCACUUCAAACUGCCAUUAUGAACAAGGCUCAAGUCCAAGGCUCUGAUUCUCUGCAGAUGGAUGUGGUGGGCAUGUGUGCGUUUUUCUUUGUCAUUUCGUCAGAGGACAAAGUGGACAGUGUUGAGCAUGCGUACGUAACGCUUUAUAAUAAGUUGUUCAAAAUGAGUUGAGCUAAUGUGAUUUGAGAUUUUAAUGUACUUGAGAGACUGUUCCUCUGCCAUACUCUUGGCAGAGGAAACAAUAUGGCUGGUGUUAAUAUAUUCCCCCCAUGUUCCUCUUCAGAUUUUGAGCUUUGUUCCUUUAAAAAAUACGUCAUGACCUUUUUUAUUAUUGCAGGAUACCUUAAAUUCCCCUCCACCCAUACCCAGAAAAUGUACUGGGGUAAGCAAUUGAUAUGCAUAAGUAAAUGGUAUCCAACAAUGGCGUAUUGAAAGCUAUGCAAUGUGGGAUGGGGAUCGGUCUCUACCAUUUUAAAAGGCCAGAGGGAAAGUUUUAUCUUGGUUAAUUUAUGGUUGCUGUUUGGUUAGAGCACGGACUUGGCACCAGUUGUCGAGGGAUUUCUGUGUUCCCCAGACCUAUAUGCCUGAGUGGUUAGCAGUACUAUACCUUAGUACCACAGAAGGACACAGACCAACAUAUACAUACGGUUUCUCAAACUUAUACACAGCAGAAUCUGUGUUAAUGUAAACCCAGUGUGCUCACUGUCGGUCUUAUCUGACUUCCCCUGUCAUUAGCCUGUGCAGGGUUUCCCAAACUCGGUCCUGGGCCCCCCCCCUGGUACACUUAUCAUGCAAUGCUAGUUAUCUCCUCAGUAGUGUAGUCAUGGGUGUCUCCUGGGAGGGGUAAGAAAUGUGCUGAAGCCCACUCGAGAGCCUAGCAUCCCCAAGAAAUAUUGUAUUAUUACAGGCAGCACUACACAAUGACCGUGAAAAAUUGUUGGUGCCACCACUGACUAGUUAAACCGACAAUAUACAGUAAGAGAACAUGACUCGACAAGGGCCAUUCUAAUAUUUCUCUGUUUACCCUAGCUCCAGUGUUCUGUUUUUUUAAUGGUAUUACUCUGAAGGCCAGGGUUGUGUUCAUCAGGUCAGUAGCUGGUUUAUUAAUGUUUAUCAUCUGGUCAGACCCCUAUUGAAAUGUUUCCCCGUGAUUUCAAGUUUUGUUAGGACUACAGCUGUCUGGGUGUGUUUGUCCUCUGUACCUAACUGUCAGAUGUUCUAUAAAUCAGUGCAGCUAGAAGUGCUCAUUAAACUGUCAAAACAACAUGGCUUAUAUUUGAUCAAGUACUAGGCACUAGUGUUGGAUUAGGCAACUGUACUCCGAGGCAUCUGUUCGUAAUACUAGUAGGCUUGCUCUCCAGUUUGGCACCAAACCACAACCCUGAGCCAACAUGUUUCCUUUGUUUAAUAUGAGAUCAUCUAGCUCAGUCGAGACCGUGCUCAGUAGAAUCAGACCAAUGCCAUUAACCAGGGUCAUCUGCUUCUUCUUUCACUUGUAUUCUGCCUUUAUAAAGAAACAAAGUGUAGAAUGGCAGAAUGGCCUGUUCCCAAAAUGUGCUUUAGCUGGAUAAGCCACAUCCUUGUAAAUAAUUGAUAUGCUUUCCAAGAGUUUACCCAACCUCCAAUACAAUGUUAUUUUCUAGUCCUUACAGCUGUGAUUGCAUACGUUUGACUGUUGUAAGAAAUCAUGGAGUUCUGUAGUUAUUGAAGCAUCAUGUCAUAGCUUUGGAUUUUUGUUUUCUUUUCCCAGUUAACCAUGGGUCUGUGUUCAGGGACCAGUAGUCGUACGUGUUGGGCUCGUUCACAAUCCUUCUGUCCUGCUGCUGUAUGGUCCUGCCUGACGUUGUACUCUUAUUAAACAUGUUCGAAGAUG